AUGUCAUCGAAAUCAUGUGAAAUCUCUUCAUGUAAACAUCAAGCAUCUGCCUAUUGUUCUCAUUGUACCAAAGAUGUCUGUGAAUUACACUCUGAUGCACAUGUUCCGUUAGUGAAGGAUAAGAGUCAUUUACUCACUGAUCAGUUGAAUGAAUUAACAGAUAGAGUAAACACAUUGUCUACCAUUCAAAUUAUUGAACAAUCAUUAGAAAUUCUAGAUGAAUGGCAAUGUGAUAGUCAUCGACUUAUCGAUAAUGUUUACACGUCGAAACGUCAAGAAAUAGAGGCAGUUAUUGAAGGAUAUGAACAAGAAAUUCUCCAACAUCAAUCAGAACAGAAUCAAAUCGUUAAUCGUUUAAACGAUGAACUCCGAAAACUCAACGUUAAAGACAAAAGGUCACAACAUGAUUUGGAGCACAUCGAGCGUACGAUUAUCGAUAUUGAGACAAACUUAAGCUUAUUUCAAAAAAAAAUUAUUAAUAUCCAAACAAAAAAGUUAAUUAUCGAUAAAGAAUGUAUUAUUGUUCAAUCAGCAAACAAUUCAAUACAACUGGAAAAUGUAGACAGAACCGCUAAUGCUAAAGUUUAUAUUAAAAUGCAAGUCAUAAAACCAGGAAUUGUAUGGAAAAACGCAAAAAUAAUCACUGCUGAUCACCCGUCAGCGUUUUUUGUACAGAAUGAAUCAGAUGUCCAACAACAGUUUCGUUUGUUGACAAGUGAAAUGAAUAAAUACUAUGAUAAAGCUGUUCAAACAUUGCAACCAUUGAAGAAUGUAUCUGUUAGAGAUUUUUGUGUUGCACAUUAUUCAAAAGAUAAGCGUUGGUAUCGCGCACGUAUCGUUCUACGCACAAGUCCUUCGACUGUUCUUGUGGUAUUUGUUGAUAAUGGCAUUUCUGAAUCAAUAUCGGAUGAUCGUAUCUAUCAGUUACAAGAGAAAUUUGUCCAGUUACCAACACAAGUGGUGGUUUGCACAUUGAGUGAAGCAUUUCCUAAGGAUGAUGACACAUUUUGGCCACGUGCAACAGCGGAUUUGUUUUCAUCAAUGGUUAAGAACAAAACAGUUGAAAUACAAUUUAUGGAGAAAGAAGUCGACUACCCAUUACAUUUUGUCAAUGUCUAUUUAAAUAAAGAGUCGAUAAAAAACCAAAGUCAUUUGAAACGACUUAUGACAUAUGCCUCUAAUCCCGUGAUAGCGAAACAUUUUGGAAAUCGGCUAACGACAAUGGAAUAUAUACUCUACAAUUUACCAUUCACCGAAGAUGACUGCUUAAUAGAAUGUAGCUAA